GCGCCCGACGUCUGACUCGGUCCGCACACAACUUGUUGUUCUGAGAAGAAGCUGUGAGGGAACAUGUUCAGCUGAUGUGGGAAGUUCCACACAUACAGGUUUAGCAUCUAGAAAGACUUCAUAUUUUAUCCGAAUUCCUUCUGUUUGGCAAGUCACAUCAGGAUAGAGAGUUCUGUCAUAUAAAUUGAUCUUAGGACUGAACAGAGAUUGCCCUUAGGCAUGGGGAGUCACAGAAAACAGAUCAGCGGAUUGCUUUUCUUUAUGAUUCUAAUAACACGUGCCUUUGGGCAGCUAUGCGGAAACUGUGUGAAUGUAGAUACAUGCGAUAAAGAAACAGGCGUAUGUUUUGGUGGCUGUAAUCUUGGCUGGGAUGGUCCUACUUGCUCGAGACGAAAUGUGGCAUUAGCCCAAAGCACAAGGCAGUCCUCGGAUUACAGCGAGAAAGGGUUCCGCUUCAUCUCCAGACUCGCCGUUGAUGGUAGGACUGGAUAUGAGUUUUACAACAAGCCAUAUACAUGUUCCCACACCGGAAAGAAUCCACAACCCGCGUCAUGGACGGUAACACUAAAUUCACAGUACAACAUCUACAAGUUCAGGAUAUAUAACAGGAAAUGUGACAAGUGUAGUGGACGGCUUAACGGCUUCUCUCUGUCCGUGGGUAACUCCUCAAAAAAUUACAAAGCCUGUUACCAGGACACCACCACAGAUCCGAAAGGUCCCGGGGACAUCAUCGACGAAGUUUGUAAUCUCAGUGGUCCCGUGUUAGGGGACACCGUGAACAUUAUGAUCAGCAAUUCCCCAUUCCUUAGUCUGUGUGAAGUACAGAUUUUCGUGUGUACCCCCGGGACGUAUGGAUCAGCCUGUGGGAAUAGAUGUGGACAGUGUGCUGAGGGACCGUCUGCCUGCAACACACUAUCCGGGCUCUGUCCGGAGAAAACACCCAGGUGCAUGCCGGGAUACUCUGGUCGGAAAUGUGAUGCAGAAUGCACGCGCGGAACGUACGGUCCGGACUGUGAAGGAAAUUGUGGCUUCUGUGCGCAGGGGAGCGCUACAUGUAACACUACAUCCGGGCACUGUCCAGACAGAGAGCCGCGGUGUGCACUGGGGUACUCCGAUCUGAAGUGUGCUACAGUUUCAUCGGUCACCUCUCCGGAUUACACGAGAGUUAUUGUUGGAUGUACAGUUGGAAUUUUUCUUAUCUUGGUCAUCGUAAUAAUUUUCAUUGUUUUAAUGGUGAGGAGAUCUCGGCAAAAUGUACAGAUAGGUGGCGCUACGAGCUCUGGACCAAACAGUACCCCAGCACAAGAGAGCUCUUUCUCUCCUGAAGUCAGGGGUAAGAAUGAGAUGUCUGAACCGUCAAGCCGGGAUGAAUCGCACGAAAAAAAUUCUUCCAACGAUCACGCCUAUGAAGUCAUUCGUCAAAACUCGUCUGCAAUAUAAAGCACAAAGAAGCACCUUGCCGAUUCGUUAGAACGGCAUGUUACAAAUACGUAGAACUGGAGGUUACAUUAGGGUGGAUGUGUACAGAAAUUGUCAACAUUUUGAAAAUACUCGCGAAAAUCUGUGAACACUGUGUUAAUGUUUGCAUAAUGCUAAUACCAUCGCAGUCGUAAUGGUUGUCUAACAAACUAUUCAAGUUUCAUUAUAUCUGGACGUGUCUGAUGUUCUUUUUUUAAAUAUUCAACGAAUACAAUUUGAAUCUGAGUGCACCCGUUUAUAAGAAGAUUGCUACGAAAUACAUUCCAUCUGUUAUUGCCCUGAGCCAUCAUGGAAUGUACGAAUGUUAACGUUUUCAGCCUCGUUCAUGAACAGUUCUUGAUGGAGGUUGUGAAACGGACACCUUUCAUAGUCAGUCGACACCACAAGGAGUCAACGCUGUGAGUUUUAACAAAUGCCAUCGUGACUGGCUCAAUGACAUAAUCUAUGUGAUGAUCUACCAGGAACCUUAUGAAUGUUUAUGUAUAUAACACUUACAAUGAUUUUUAUAGAUAACACUUGCAAUAUAUGUGUAUUUACAUGUAAGCUAUAGCCUGGUUUUAAAUGGUUUGACACUCUUUAAAUGAAAUGUAUUUUUACACCUCUUAACAGUUGUAAGGAAUGUGGAGCUAUUAACAGCUACUAUACAGCUGGGCUUUUAACCACGGCCUCGGGUAUCUCUUUGAGGAACUUAACAUUUACUAAGCUUGCUUCAAAUUGUUGUGUCACUUCUGCAGCAAUGACGAGUGCUAUUCACCAAAGAAUAGCAUUAAAGACUUAUACGUGGUCUAACUUUAAGACAGUUUUCUCCAUCGCUGUUCAUUGUUUACUUAUUAUUACAAGCUCUAUGAUUGUAAUGGUUAGAGUAAUAUUAUAACGCUAUAUUAUAAAGUUGCAUUUUAUAGAAAUGAAUGAAUGAGUAAAGGAUGCCUGUAUGAAGUGUCACUAAUACACUCGGCAUAUAAAUUUGUAGGCAUAGUUGAAUGAUAACAUUAAUCAGAGAUUUAUUCACAAAUUGUCAUUAAUGUAAAUGUGACUAGGAGGAGUGUCCGCGGCAUAUUUCUUCAAUGGCGUCAGAAUUUUUGCUGCAUGGAUUCGUCUUGUUACAAAAAGACACAAUAAAUGUAUACACACCUAAUUCUCAAGCCCUUGUCGUGAUAUGACUGAAAGAUUGUUAAGAACUGAGAUAACCCACAAGCAUACAUACAUGCAUUUAUGCUGGAAAAGACUGUCACUUAUCACGGCCAAAACACAUCGCAUCAAAACAAAAGCAUCACGUGCUAGCUCGUAUUAAGUGUCAUGAAUGCUACCUAGUAUGAUGUCUGCAUGUGCAGUAUAUAUGGAGAUAUAGCCUAAUACUAGUAUAUAAUUUGUAGAAAUAAUGACUUAUCCCCAUUGAAUAGCUAACUGCUAACUGCAAACCGUUAACUUCACUCGUGUUAAAUAUGGCACGUCGAACUUGAGUAUUUCAGCGUGAGGCCUCAACAAAAACUGUGGUCAGUUUUAUUGAUGUAAUAAUUAAUAUGUGAAAGCUGCUAGUUUACUGGAAAAAAAACGCCAGGAGUUCACCGAUAUUGUUUGUUCACGAUAUUACUGCUUUCCAUAUUUAACCAAGUUUAAAUGGAAAAUCGAUUUCGACUAGACGAUUUCUAUUAUUGUAUAUAGUCAAUACGUGUUGGUCGCUAUAACCAUUACUGUGGCUUCGGUAACUGGUAUAGAACCGUUAAUUUUAAGUGCUGCAAAUAAAUCCUUGGGGCUUGAAGUCGUACUUAAUUUCUCAGUCAUUAGGAGUUUGUACAUAAAAAUAGUCUUUUUGUGACAGGGCGAAUCCAUGCCGCCAAAGUGUUGCCGCCAUUAAGGUAUCAUGCCGAAGACACAAGACAUGACACCCUAGCCAGUAACACUAUACUGUCACCAGGCCAACUAGUCUGCGCCCUGCAAUACAUUACUGGUGUGCAUUGGUGAGUUAUCUGUUUUGAUUUGAAAACGCACACACUGGUGUAAUACGCAAAUUACGUGAGCGAGGUCGUUGUUCAAUUGUUGUAAAGUUGUGGACAACAGAUGAAACAAAAUCGUUUGCAGAUGUAUCUCUCAGGCUUCACAUCACCAUACACACAGUAAAAACAAGUGUUUUGUUUUUAUACACAUUUUGGAUACAGUUUUCACACACACGUCCUGGCGUUCUUAGAAGACGAAUGUGCUUGUAAUAGUAAACAUGUCAAAUGUUUACAGAGUAAUGUGGUGGAUAUUUUAAAUGAACAGAAAUAGUCCUUUGAUUAUCAGUUUGUGUUUAUAUUAGCGUGAAAAACUGACAACCAUUUAAAACUGUUCACUACAGUAAACAUGUGAAACGUUUAUAGGCAUUUUACACUGAAUAUACAUGUAAAUACACUUAAUAUCUCCUUAGUGAUUACAUACAGCUGUUUUCUUAUUAAACACCAGCUGUAAAUGAUUGACGUUCGGUAAUGGUGUAUUAUUCAGAGUUUAUUGAUCACUGUACUAGCAAAAUAAAUUGACAAACACUUGCAGCUCUGGAUUAGAUUCUCUGAAAUCUACCCAAUUGGUAAAGUUUGAAAUCUGAAGUGGCUUCAACGUAUUAAUGCAGGCAUAAUUCAGCUAGGUUGUCUGGGCCAGCAAAUCAUAAAAUAUUUUUGAUGCCAGCUAUGACGUGCUGUCGCGUGAGGCUGAAGUAAAACGUACAAACGAUGAGAUGUUAGGCACUUGAGUCCAUAAAUGUCAAACAUGUUGGAUAUCCCCCGUGGCAUAUA